UUCAAGUCGUCGGAAUCGGGCCGGGCUACUACAUGGAGUCCUUGACGGGCUUCAACUUAGUCGCAGCGCUUUUGGGAGGCGCCAACUCCCCAACCGUCCCUUACUUCUUCCAAGGUGGCGUAGUAGGUGAAAAAUUGGCAAGGCCUCUCUCCCGAGGAUAUCUUCGUCUCAAGAAUCUCGACCCAGAGGGCAAUCCAUCAGUAACCUACAACUACUUCACGGAGCCUGAGGAUCUUAGAACAUGCGUGGAGGCAUUGCAGUGCAGGCGGUCAUGAGAGUGAUCGAUACGCAAGCGCUGUCCGAAUUCAGAUAUCCGAAUCAAACGGUGGAGUACUUGCAGGCUCUCACUGCAAACUUAAUCGUCAAUAACAGAGCAAGAAGUCCUCUGGAUGCCACUUCGCUGGAUCAAUUCUGCAAGGACCUCGUGCUCACCUUUUGGCAUUUCCAUGGCGGGUGUGAAGUAGGGAAGGUGGUCGACAAUGAAUACAGAGUGAUCGGCGUGGCUGGGCUCAGGGUGAUUGAUGGUUCCACUUUCAGUUUCUCCCCGGGAACUAACCCUCAAGCAACUCUCAUGAUGUUGGGCAGGUACAUGGGGAUUCUGAUAGGAAAUGAUGGUGUUGAACCAAGCUUAAGUGGCAGCUCUUUUUACUGAUAUUUCUAAGUAUCAUUAAAUAAAUGUAAUAUUACAGUAAAAGUAAUUAUACUCCUCCUAAAUAUCGUCUGAUAUAAAAGAAGAUAAAUAAAUCUGUCAUCUU